CUUACAUUUGGAGAUCGUCGCUUUCAGCAUGUUAGUUGUUCUCUCCCGGGCAGGAUAGGUAAGAACUGACAGCACCUGAAUGUUCUGGAAGUUUGACCCUAAUUGUUCUUUUAAUGGGCUGAGAGGUUCUGUGCAAUGACUUCUUUUUGAAAAGAGUCGGAGUUUACACAAGUAUGCUGAAUGAUGAUUCUGUAAGAGUUCAGUUGGUUGAUGAACACUUGACAAACUGGUAGAAGAUCCUGCGUAUUUUCCCAUCAUUGACUCCGGAGUUAAAUGUCUGGGAUAUGAUCUGAUCAUUACAAAAAGGUUUCAUAGUGGAUGCAUUCAUCCUGGAAAACUGUCAAGACUUAGGAGGACACACAGGAAAUAGCGAUGGACAAGAGGAUAUCUUAAAAUGGCCUCCACUAAUGGCUUCAAGAAGGAAUUAAUAUCAUCCCUUCACACCUGUGACUUACAGCAACUUUGUCAAAACCCGUUCAACCAACCUGCGAAGCAGUCAGACUCAUAAAUACAAACAAAUGAAUGAAAUUAGAUUGGCCUAAAGACGCUGAGUCAAAGCUGGCAUGCUGCCACAGAUUUCAGCCUUUUUCCCCCAUUAAAGUUCAGUGCUAGCACAGAGGCUGUCUGCCUCAUCACCCUCCACCUUCUUUUUAUCUAUCAGACUCUAUUUAAUGAGGCAUCAGAAGGAAAGGGGAACCAUGUACUUAUUGCUAGUGUUUGUAAUACAGGCCCUGUGGGUGAGUUGGUGUCAUGCCAUGCAGCAUUACCCGGCCUCAUGGGGGCACUAUGACGUUUGUAAAUCCCAGGUUUAUGCAGAGGACCGCCUGGCUUGGCAUUAUAUGGCCUGCCAACCGGAAGCAACCGACAUGACCAAAUACCUGAGAGUGUCGUUGGACCCACCCAACAUUACCUGCGGAGAUCCACCCGAGAUGUACUGUGCUCUGGAAAACCCAUAUAUGUGUAAUAAUGAAUGCGAUGCUGAGACAGAGGAGCUCGCCCAUCCUCCCGAGCUCAUGUUUGACUCCGAGGGACGAAACCCCACAACAUUCUGGCAGUCAACAUCCUGGAAGAAAUACCCAAAGCCCCUUCAGGUGAACAUCACUCUGUCCUGGAACAAAACUAUAGAACUCACAGAUGACAUCGUCCUCACUUUUGAGUCCGGUCGACCUGAGCAAAUGGUCCUGGAGAAGUCACUGGAUUACGGCCGCACGUGGCAGCCCUACCAGUUUUAUGCAUCUGAUUGUUUGGAUGCUUUUACAAUGGAGCCAAAAGCAGUGCACCAACUGACCCCGACCUCCAUGCUGGAAAUCAUCUGUACUGAGGCCUAUUCAACAGGCUACGUGUGGAAGUACGACAAGACUGUACGCUUUGAGAUCAAAGAUCGUUUCGCCCUUCUCGCAGGCCCGAGGCUGCACAACAUGGCUUCUCUGUACGGGCAGCUGGACACCACCAAGAACCUAAGGGAUUUCUUCACGCUCUCUGACCUUCGCAUCAGACUCCUACGGCCUGCCACUGGAGCCACGAUGGUGGAUGAGAACAACCUCUCUAGAUACUUCUACGCCAUCUCAGACAUCAAAGUGCAGGGCAGGUGCAAGUGCAAUCUCCAUGCCAACAGCUGUGUGUUUGACAAAGGGAAGUUGGGUUGCGAAUGCGAACACAACACCACGGGGCCGGAUUGCGCCCGGUGCAAGAGACACUACCAGGGCCGAGCCUGGAGCAUGGGCUCUUACCUGCCCAUACCCAAGGGCACUGCCAAUAUAUGUAUCCCAAGCAAUCUUGGCACCUCAGUUCGACCAAAUGCUUCUUCCCUUGGAGCAGCAAACCGAAAUCAAGCUCGAGUAUGCGACAACAUCCUCCUGCGCUGCCAGAAUGGAGGUGUGUGCCAUCACCACCAGCGCUGCCAGUGUCCAGCAGGUUUCACCGGCGUACUGUGUGAGAAAUCCCAAUGCCAGGGCGACUCCUGCGACGAGCUGCAGUCCAGUCAACCGGCCCUCCACCAAACGUCUCUCCCGUUGGUCAUUGUCUCCCUCAUCUCUACCCUGCUGGUCACCCGGGGACUACAAUCUCUCUGAGAGAAACACUCAAGCCCCAGAGACAUUGUCCACAGGGAUCCUCAUCUUCCUGUUAGAGGACACAAGCUUCAUUGCUGAAAAGAAAGAACUUAUUUCUGGAAAACCACAAAGUUUUCUACUGAAUCCUAUAUUAAAUAAUAA